AUGACUAUUGCGCUACUCAUCACCGGAGCCACAGGCAACCAAGGCGGCGCGGUCAUCAACGCCUUGCUCGCCCAGGACGCCGAUGUCGAGAUCCUCGCCGUGACACGCAACCCGCAGUCAGGCACCUCGCAGAAGCUGACCGAGAAAUCCCCCAAGAUUAAACUAGUCCAGGGCGACCUUGAUCAUCCGGCCGAGAUUUUCGAGAAUGCGAAGAAAGUUACUGCCUUGCCUAUCACUGGGGUGUUUAGCGUCCAGACUCCCAUGGCCAAAGGCCAAAAUGUGACCAAGGAAGAACAGCAAGGCAAGGCCUUGAUCGACGAGUCCAUCAAGCACGAAGUCAAACAAUUCGUCUACAGCUCCGUCGACCGCGGUGGUGACGCCUCCACCGACAACCCAACCAACAUCCCCCAUUUCAUCAGCAAGCAUCGUAUCGAGCACCAUCUGUUCGAGAAAACGAAGACGGGGGCCAUGGACUGGACGGUUCUUCGACCGGUCUUCUUCUUCGAAAAUCUGGUCCCGACCUUCGUGGGCAAGGUGAGCGCCACGGCCUUUGAUGCCUACCUGCAGGGCAAACCCUUGCAGUGCAUCGCGGUCAGCGAUAUCGGGGUUUUUGCGGCCAAGGCUUUUCUGGAGCCGCAGCGAUAUAAGAACCAGUGUCUGUCUCUGGCGGGGGAUGAUAUGACGUAUGAGCAUAUGCAGAAGACCUUCAAGGCGAAGACGGGGAAGAAUAUGCCCACCACGUAUCGGGUCGUUUGUUACCUACUGAUGUGGAUGGUCAGUGACUUGCGCGUCAUGUUUAACUGGUUCUAUGAACAUGGGUAUGGGGCGGAUAUCCAAGGGCUGAGGAAGAUGCAUCCCGGAUUGAAGAAUUUCGAGGCCUGGUUGGAGCACGAUAGUCAGUGGAUGACGAGUUGA